GGAGCACCUGUGAGUUCGCGGAAGUCCUGCAGUCCUCUAGCCCGGCCAAGCGCCGCAGGACCCAACCCAACCCAACUCGACCCGACUUCUGCCUGGCCCGCCAUGGGCCCUCCGUCCCGUAAUGUCUCUGCGCUCCUGCUGCUGCUACAGGUCACAUCAGGGCUCUGCCAGGAGCCGGAGCCCUGCCGUCCUGGCUUUGGUGCCGACAGCUACACGUUCACGGUGCCCCGGCGACAUUUGGAGAGAGGCCGAGUCCUGGGCAGAGUGAGUUUUGAAGGAUGCACCGGUCAACCAAGGACAGCCUAUUUUUCUGAUGACACGCGAAUCAAAGUGGGCACCAAUGGUGUGGUUACCAUCAAACGGCCUCUGCAACUUCAUAAACCGGAGAUGAGUUUUCUUGUCCACGCCUGGGACUCCAGCCGCAGGAAGCUCUCCGCCAAAGUUACACUGAAGGCAGUGGGACAUCAUCACCACCACCAUCACGACACUCUCUCUGAAACCCAGACAGAAGUGCUCACAUUUCCCAACUCCCAGCAUGGUCUCAGAAGACAGAAGAGAGACUGGGUUAUCCCUCCUAUCAGCUGCCCAGAAAAUGAAAAAGGCCCAUUUCCUAAAAAGCUGGUUCAGAUCAAAUCUAACAGGGACAAAGAAGUCAAGGUUUUCUACAGCAUCACUGGCCCAGGGGCUGACACACCUCCUGUUGGUGUGUUCAUUAUUGAAAGAGAAACAGGAUGGCUAAAGGUGACGGAGCCCCUGGAUCGAGAACACAUUGCCAAGUACAUUCUCUACUCGCAUGCUGUGUCUUCAAAUGGGGAAGCAAUAGAAGACCCAAUGGAGAUUGUGGUCACAGUGACAGAUCAGAAUGACAACAAGCCCGAGUUCACCCAGCAGGUCUUUGAAGGAUCUGUCCCGGAAGGUGCUCUUCCAGGAACGGCGGUGAUGCAGGUCACGGCCACGGACGCCGACGACGACGUGAACACCUACAAUGCCGCCAUCGCGUACACCAUCCUCUCCCAAGAGCCCCCGCUGCCGCAGAGCACAAUGUUCACCAUCAACAGGGAAACAGGAGUGAUCAGCGUGGUCACCACCGGGCUGAACCGGGAGAGUGUCCCCACGUACACCCUGGUGGUUCAGGCUGCUGACCUGCAAGGCGAAGGCUUGAGUACAACCGCAACGGCUAUGAUCACGGUCACUGACAUCAACGAUAACCCCCCCGUCUUCAAUCCCACCACGUACCAUGGGCAGGUGCCUGAGAACGAAGCCAAUGUCGAAAUCACCUUACUCAAAGUGACUGACGCCGAUGUCCCGAAUACCCCAGCGUGGCAGGCUGUGUACACCAUAUUGAACAACAAAGAUGACCAGUUUGUUGUCACCACAGACCCAGUAACCAACGAUGGCAUUUUGAAAACAGCUAAGGGCUUGGAUUUUGAGGCCAAGCGGCAAUACAUUCUGUACGUGGCCGUGGAGAACGUGGCGCCGUUCGAGGUCACUCUCUCCACCUCCACAGCCACGGUGACUGUUGACGUGGAGGAUGUGAACGAAGCCCCCGUCUUUGUGCCUCCACAAAAGGAAGUGCACAUCCCUGAAGACUUCCCCGUGGGCAUGGAAAUCACGUCCUACACCGCUGAGGAUCCGGACAAGUUUAUGGAACAGAGGAUAUCGUAUCGGAUUUGGAGGGAUGCUGCCAACUGGCUGGAGAUUAAUCCAGAAACUGGUGCCAUUUUCACUCGGGCUGAGCUGGACAGAGAGGACUCGGAGCAUGUGAAGAACAACACAUACACGGCCCUCAUUAUCGCCACUGACAAUGGUUCUCCACUUGCUACUGGAACGGGAACCCUUCUCCUGAUCCUCUCCGAUGUGAAUGACAAUGCCCCUGUACCAGAACCUCGGAGUAUGGACUUCUGCCAGAAGGAUCCACAACCUCAUACCAUCAACAUCAUUGAUCCAGAUCUUCCCCCCAACACAUCUCCCUUCACAGCAGAACUAACACACGGGGCAAGUGUCAACUGGACCAUUGAGUACAGUGAUCCAGCCCAUGAGUCUCUAAUUUUGAAGCCAAAGAGAACCUUAGAGUUGGGCGACUACAAGAUAAAUCUCAAGCUCAUGGAUAACCAGAACAAGGACCAGGUGACCACCCUAGAUGUGUACAUUUGCAACUGCGAAGGUGCCGCCAACGGCUGCAAGAGGAUCAUGCCUUACUCUGAAGCAGGCUUGCAAGUUCCCGCCAUUCUGGGCAUUCUCGGGGGAAUCCUCGCUUUGCUUAUCCUGAUUCUGCUGCUUUUGCUGUUUGUUCGGAGGAGAGGGGUGGUCAAAGAGCCCUUACUACCCCCAGAAGAUGACACCAGGGACAAUGUUUAUUACUAUGAUGAAGAAGGAGGUGGAGAAGAGGAUCAGGAUUUUGACUUGAGCCAGUUGCACAGGGGCCUGGAUGCUCGGCCUGAAGUGAUUCGCAACGAUGUGGCACCAACCCUCAUGAGCAUGCCCCAAUACCGGCCCCGCCCUGCCAAUCCUGAUGAAAUCGGGAACUUUAUUGAUGAAAACCUGAAGGCCGCGGACAGUGACCCCACUGCUCCUCCUUACGACUCUCUGCUUGUGUUUGACUAUGAAGGAAGCGGUUCUGAGGCUGCCAGCCUGAGCUCCUUGAACUCCUCAGAGUCAGACAAAGAUCAGGACUACGACUACCUGAAUGAGUGGGGCAAUCGCUUCAAGAAGCUGGCGGACAUGUAUGGUGGUGGGGAGGAUGACUAGGGGACUCGAGACAGUUGGGGAAGGAGAUGGGCCCCGACGUCAUGUGAUAGAAAAUGCAGAGGAUUGGUUUUGCAGCUCCGUUCCCUUGAGAUGAGGUUCUGGGGAAGAGAGGCUGCUCAGUGAUGCAGUUGGGGUAUUUGGGAUUUCCACUUUAUAGAUCUAAUCUGUGUGCGUUAGAAUGAUUUUCACCUAUUUUUUAAUCUUUUUUUUUUUCUUUUAAAACCCUUUAAAUGGUGAUGCUGUCCCAAAGCCCCCCGUAUGUUAAUAUUUCAAAACAAUAGCUUCGGCCUCAGAAGGUUCUGCUAGCAACUUGCAGAUUUCCUACGGGCUUUCGUCUCAUUUUUUUAAGGGAAGGGAGGAGUCAACUGCCCUAUUUGUGCGUUCAUGUGUGGUGAUUUUUAAUUUGUGUGCUUUUUCCUCGUGUCACUGCACAGUGCCCCCUCUUCUAGAAUCCACUCUUACUCCUUCUGAGCUUACAUCGCCCCAGACAGGGGUUCUCUGAUACAGAAACUCUUAGGCCCUUUUUGGGUAAGAGACUUGAUCUUAGUCUGACCAGAGUGUGACUGGGGGUAUUGUUUACUCUUAAGACCUGUAAUCUUCUGAGCAUAUAACUUAAAGUGGGGAUCCAUCCACUUAAUGGUCCUGCACAAGAAUGUUUAUUAUGUGUAUGUCAUUACUGGGGUGCUUUGGUUCUAAACAGGGAGCCGCAACCAGAAAGGGUGGUGAGUUUUCAGGUGUCACUCCACAUCUAAUGUUCACUUAACACUCAGACAAGAGUGAUCUAUUUCAGCGCUUACAGUCGUGCCUCGGGUGCUGCAGCCAAAGAGAGAUGGCUUUUGUCACAGCUGAGGACACCUUGAAAAAUGGGUUGGAAGGUGGCAGGAGACAUGUCACUGAGCCUGGCAAUUUAGCAAACUGAGGCUGAAGAUGGUUGAGGUGGCUUUACCUCUAGUCCUGAAAAUUCUAAAGAAUGGAAGAAUCUCAACAUGUGUCUCCAAUCAGGAUCCUUCCUCCAGACUUCGUUCCUGAAAACCCGGACCCCCCGAGUGCCUGCUGUUGUUGAUAGCCACAGGAUGUGCUGGCCGAUCUGGAAACAUCUGCCCCAAAUUCCAAGCAUGCAUAGAAAACUGAGAAUCUUAGGAGACCCAAUUUUUUCCCUUAGGAACAGGAAGGAAAUAUGGCGCUAAAAGGUGUUAAUAAGGGGAGUGUGGGGAGGACUUUGAUUUGGAUCUUCCUUUAGUUAAAAUGCGAACUUCAAGAGUCUUUUGCUUUACUGUCUGUCACCUGUUUUUUCUUUUUUUGAAGAAAAAAAAUCAUCCCUGCAAUUAUAUCUUGGAAUUGCCUUGAUUUUUCAACAAUUUAAACUCUAAUGUAGUCCUAUAUAGAGAAUGUCACUAUAGUUUUGAGUGUAAAUAUGUGUGGGUGUUGAUAAUUUUGUAUUUUCUUUGGGAGUGGAAAAGGAAAACCAUUCAAGCUGAACCAAUUCUGAAAUAUAUGUUUUUAUAAAUUUUAUUAAAGAAUUUUGUUAAACAUUGUCA